UCUUUUUUGUUGGCACGUUGAUGAACGACCAACACAUUGGAACUGUGCUUAAUCAAAUAAUAAUAAUAAUCAAUUUAUUUAAAUUAGGCCAGUGCCACUGUGUUCCAUUGUGCAGCAACCAAUAUUGGAUUGCGUGAUCACGGUCAAGUGUAUAGCAGCAACAAGCAACAUUAACAGGAUGAGUCAAUACGCGAUCAUUUUGCAACGUGAGUUUCCGGCUAUAGACAAUGAGCUGAAGGACUACGUUGAGGGCGUCCUAACAGGCAGCGAAGAAGAUUUUCACACGUGCGAUGACAUCUUUGAUGCUGUGGGCGACAUACUGCAGGGUAUCGAUGGCGAAAAGUCUGAGGAGAGCAUACGAAGGCUUUGUGAUGAAUUUUUCAAUAUAAUAAAGAAUAACUCGAAGAACGUUGAGCACAAGGUGCUUAAUGCGCCUGUUAACAUUGAAGAGAUGGCCAGGAAUAUGGAGCGUAUGGACAAAGAUAUGCAGAGUAUAUGGGUGGUCAACAAGGAUGGCGCUAAUAAAGUGGAUUCCAAAAAGCUGGAAAAAGCGGAAGCUAAACUAGUGCAGAAACAGGAGAAACGCCAAGAGGUGACCAAGCUGGGCGUUGUGCCGGUGGCUGUUAAGCUGCAAACGGCCACCGCUUCUCAGGUGACCAACAAAAAGAACACCAAACUGGAUCAAAAGGGUCUCAAUCGCUCCAUGGACAUUAAAAUAGAAAAUUUCGAUUUGGCUUUUGGUGAAAAGGUUCUUCUGCAGAAUGCCAAUUUGCUGUUAUCCUUUGGCCGCCGCUAUGGUCUGGUUGGCCGGAACGGACUCGGCAAAACGACGCUGCUGCGCAUGAUUGCUGAACGUCAGCUGCAAAUACCGUCGCACAUCACCGUACUGCAUGUGGAACAGGAGGUGGUUGGCGAUGACACCUCGGCCGUAGAGAGUGUACUCGAAUGUGAUACGGAGCGUACCCGUCUUUUGACGAGGGAAAAGGAAAUUCUAGCUGCCUUGAAUAGCGGCGUACAGGAUGCGACGCUUUCCAGCGAACUAAGCGAAACGUACGCCGCACUGCAGAAUAUUGAGGCUGACAAGGCUGUGGCACGUGCUUCUGUGAUACUUAAGGGUCUGGGCUUUGAUGCAGACAUGCAGCUUAGACCAACGAAAUCAUUCUCCGGUGGCUGGCGAAUGCGCUUGGCUCUGGCUCGAGCGCUAUUCUCCAAACCGGAUCUGUUGCUGCUUGAUGAACCGACGAACAUGUUGGACAUCAAGGCCAUUAUUUGGCUGGAGACUUACUUGCAAACCUGGCCGACAACUAUCUUAGUUGUAUCUCACGAUCGCAACUUCCUCGAUACGGUACCAACGGACAUAAUCCAUCUACAUUCCCAGGAGCUAGAGGCAUACAAAGGCAAUUAUGAGCAGUUUGAGAAAACCAAAACGGAAAAACUUAAAUCUCAGCGACGAGAAUACGAGGCGCAACUGGCACACAGAGCACAUGUUCAGGAAUUUAUUGAUCGUUUUCGCUACAAUGCAAACCGUGCCUCAUCUGUGCAGUCCAAAAUCAAGAUGUUAGAGAAGCUACCCGAGCUUAAGCCGGUGGAAAAGGAGACAAUUGUAACGCUCAAAUUUCCCGAUGUGGAGCCGCUCAAUCCGCCCGUGCUGGCCAUCUCGGAAGUCUCGUUUCGCUACAACCCCACUGAUCCGUUGCCCAUUUUCAAGGGUGUUAAUCUAUCAGCCACCUCGGAUUCGCGUAUUUGCAUUGUGGGCGAAAAUGGAGCGGGCAAAUCGACGCUGCUUAAGAUUAUUGUGGGCCAACUGAGCACCAUCCACGGCAACAUAGUGCUUCAUCGUGGCCUGCGCAUUGGCUACUUUGCCCAGCAUCAUGUUGACCACUUGAAUAUGAAUGUCACCUGUGUGGGUGUCCUAGCGGAACUGUUCCCUGGUCGCCCUGAUGAGGAGUACAGGCGUCAGUUGGGAAGCUUUGGUCUUUCGGGACCACUGGCUCUGCAGAGUAUUGCCAGCUUGUCUGGUGGACAAAAAUCGCGUGUGGCCUUAGCAAAAAUGUGCAUGGCGGAACCAAACUUUCUAGUGCUUGAUGAGCCGACGAAUCAUUUGGACAUUGAAACUAUAGAUGCACUGGGCAAAGCUAUAAAUGCAUUUAAGGGUGGCGUCAUUUUGGUCUCUCACGACGAACGUUUAAUUAAAGUCGUUUGCAAGGAGCUGUGGGUAUGCGGAAAUCGGACAGUGCGAGCUAUUGAAGGCGGCCUGGAUGAAUAUAAACGUGAGGUAUACAAGGAAAUCGAAGCUAAUAGCUGAAUUUUAUUUAUUUUACAAAAGAUUGCGUGAAACAAAAUAUAGCAAUAAAUUUGUAGUUUGUCAAAGAUA